AUGAAUCGGCAAGCACUGAGCAGAUGGAAGAUGAAAACCCUGCUGAAGAACCUGAAACCACCUUCACGAUCGAGAGAGCAGACCAAAUUAAUGGCCACCUUAAGCCCCAAAAGGAAAUAUGUAAUAUACUACCGAGCCCUUAAGCAAGCGCUUGCAUAUGGAUUGAUAGUAAAAAAGAUACAUAGAGUAUUGAAAUUCAAACAAAGUCCAUGGUUGAAAUCAUACAUCGAUCUUAAUACAAAUCUCCGGAAGCCAAAGAAAAAGCUGCCCAAGCCGUUAAAAAAGCUAAUAUAUAAGGUCUACCAAGCUGUUUCACAACCAUACAACAUGAUCCGCUCUAUGUGUGGAUCGUUCUGUUUUUGCCCCGAAACGGUCAAAUACUACGCCAUACCUAGUACCAUGCCUACUCUAAUAGAGGGGUCCUCCUCGGUGUCCAAGGGGACACAAACCGGUGAGACCACCCCUACAGAGGAGAUGCAGAGCCACACAGAAGAGGAAGUACAUUGCCUGGGGAGCGAUAUAGACUUAGACAUCCUAGAACUAAUCGGGGGUCCAAGUUUAUAUGAGCUAGACAGCGAUAUUGACAGUGAUAAGGAGGAGGAGAAGGAUAAGGAGAAGGAGGAGGAUAAGGAGGAGGGGGAUUAUGAGGCAAAAGAGGAGGAGGAGAGUCUAUCCCCAUCACUGACGCCGCCACCAACAAAAAAACAAAAAAACAUAAUAAAAAAAUAA